AUGUUUGAACGUAAUGAGAAGAACGUGAAUUGAUCAACAUUUACAUUCAAAGUUGUUAUUGAUGCAGCUACAGACAAUAUUGAAGAGAAAUCUGGUGAUAUUUAUUAAGCAAAAUAUGUUCAAAGUGUUUGAUGUGAUAAUUGUAUGUGGGAAUAACCCUCAGUUAGUCCUGACCUAAUGACCCGGCUUUCGACAUGCCUCAGUCCCCCUCACCUCGUCUGCGCCAUUACAGGACUAUGACAGCAAUAUGUUUCGUUUGCAACCUACCGAUACUGUCUCAUCAAGUUGGAUUGGUUUGGGCUGGAGGCAACGGCUGGGACGAGCUUACACGAUCUACUUUAGAAGAAUCAACUUUGAGACAAAGACUGGGCAGUCGAAGGGACUCGGCGGCACAAGUGUCUUGCCUGUCACCACCAGAACCCGACGUCGAAAAUCAGCCCAGAGGUGGGCCCCGACGCCGCCGCUCCUCUUUGGCUCAAUUAACCGACAUUCUGCGCGAGUGGGGUGGCGGGGGCAGCGCGCCCCGACGCCAAAGAGCCCCGCUCUCCCGACGAGAGACCCUGGCGGACCUCGCCCGCUCCCUACCUUGGGCGCGGCACGAACCGCCACCGAGGCGCCGUCGCGACUCUUCAGCCGACUCCGGCAUCAAAUCCAUGGCUUCCAAACGCCGCGAUUCCAAAGCGGCACCUCAAGAUUUUCGGGCCGAUUUCCCCAAUUGGGACCGCAAAGACUCAAUAACCGUUAUGCCAGCGAGAGAAAGGCGCAUCAAAAGACGCGGUUCUGAGGAAACUAAGGAACGCAGAGACUCCGUAGAAGGACAUCGGCAUCGCCGGGAUUCCGUUGUUGCUCCACCACGUAUAGUGGCUACCCAGAGAAAAAGGCGAACAUCGCCGCCUACCCCUGCUCCACCUUCCUUUGUUGAUGCGUCCUCUGAUCCCGGACCUUCGUCGCAUAUGCCGUGUGUAACUGUAGUAGCUAUCCAUGAACCCAGUAGAUCCGACGGAGAAUGUCAACCUACAAUGACAAUGCCUACCAUAAUUACGUCUGCUGUGACACCCUCACCUACAUCACCUACACCACCUAAUAGUAGUGCUACCCAAACAGCACAAACGUCCCAGACGACACAGUCUGCUCAAGCGACGCAAGUAACACCUGGUGGCCGUUCUCCUCCUAACUUAGGUGGACGUCGAGACUCUACAACCCAAUGUGGUCGAGCUCGCAGGGAUUCCCGAGCCGCGGCCAGCCCAACAAGACUUGGAAGACUGCAACGUCAAGCUACUGCGUUUGACGAUCCAAUAGGGCCACCUGGAACCAGGCGUAGGGAUUCAGGACCAUCCUUAGGACCUGAUGACGAAGGAAGGGCUCGAAGGGAUUCUUUGAGUCCCGAUUCUGCUGUACGACCGAGACGAGAGCGGUCUCAAUUAAGCCCAGAUCGAGCUGGUGGUGGAGAGUUAAGCCCAUCAACAGCAAGAAGACGAAGCCGACUAAGAAGACAAGCAUCGUGUGCUAGGAUGGGUCGAGCCAGGAGUCCAGAAUCAAGCUCGUGCUCCAGCCGAGAUCCAAGUCCUUGUGCUCGACCACCUGAGAGAACAAUGAUUCGCAGACAAUCUACAACUGAAGAAAUUUUAAUAGCUAGGGGUUUUCGACGGCAAUCAACUACUGAAGAGAUGAUCAGAUGUCGAAACUUUCGACGCCAAAGCUCACAAAGUGAUGACGCAUGCAUGCGUGCACGAGGUCGCAGAGACUCGUCAACACAAAUACUAGAUGGAACUAUUGGGACCAUGACUGUAGAAACUACCAGCACCUUCUUCGAUUCCAGCACGCAAACUGAACCAUCUCCGCUGUACGACAACAACCAUUACCAUGAGGAGUGCCUACGCUGUAACUCCUGUGGGCUGAACCUCACCGGACCCAACCAGAAACGCGCACGCCGCUUCAAGAACCAAAUCCUGUGCGACCUGCACUUCGCUGACGUGGCGCUGAUGGAGUGCAGCGACUUCAUGCAGCAGCUGCGCAGCUUUAAACCCCAGUCCCUGGGCUGCGCCGUCGCCAGGCGCAAGUCUUCUACCACACUCAUAUUCCCGCUGCCUCCACAAGCCUGCUCAGAUGAAUUCUGCGAAGAGUACCCGCACAGUUUGAUCCCGACUCCCGGUUACUGGGUCGAAUGUUCUCGCCAGAAGAUAGCCACAGACACAAUCUGGGAUGAAUCCGAGUCUGAACACGACAGUGGACCUGACCGGGAUAAUGCUGACGAUCGUCACAGAAGAUCUGGGUCUUUGGACGAAGCAGCGGAAGACAGCAGCGAUAAUGGAGGUAGUACACCAAAGAAGAAAACGGCGAUUGAAGAACAAUGGGAAAGAUCAGGAGGCUUCGAGCUCACCUCAGUGGAACAAGAAACAUAUGAGAAGUACUUCUACGGGACUGAACACUGGAACUACUUCACUAAUGACGAAGACCUCGGACCUGUUAUACUGUCUAUCAAGCAAGAGACUCUCAACGGAAGAGAUCAGUUCAGGAUUUUGGUCCGGGCAAUAAGCUACACAGUCCACGGAUUGAUUCCUGCGUCAUGCGUAUUCGCGGACCGCUACAACCGUGAGGAGGUGGUGAGAUCACUGGGCAAAGAGGUCAACAUCAACCCGCCGUUGAUGCUGGGUCAGCUGCCAGAUACACCAGAAGAACUCCUUAAACUUGACCAGGUAUUCAUAAAAUCGGAACUGAAGGUCGGAGUAAUCUACGUAAAAGAAAACCAGUACACAGAAGAAGAAAUUCUGGACAAUAACGAAAACUCUCCGAUGUUCGAGGAGUUCUUACAAGUUUUAGGAGAGAAAGUCAGACUUAAAGGUUUUGAUAAAUACAAAGGCGGCUUAGACACGGUCCAUGACUUGACUGGCUUGUACUCAGUGUACACAAACUGGAGAGGGAUAGAAAUCAUGUUCCACGUGUCAACCCUACUGCCUUACGAGAGGCACGACCCUCAGAAACUACAAAGGAAACGUCACAUAGGCAACGAUAUAGUUUGUGUCGUUUUCUUGGAAGCCGAUAACACUGCGUUCUCUCCAGCCUGUAUCAAGAGCCACUUCUUGCAUACAUUCAUAUUAGUUCGAGUAUCAGCAAAGAUUAAACGCAGACCAACGCGGUACGAAGUGUCAGUGGUGACAAGAGAUGAAGUGGGCGCCUACAAGCCGUACUUGUGGGAGCAAAGCGUCUUUGAUAAGGGCCCUAUGUUCAGGGAAUGGUUGCUGACUAAAAUAGUGAACGGAGAAAGAGCUUCGUAUUCCGCGCCCAAAUUCGCAAGAAUGCAAGAAAGAACUCGCAGUCAAAUGCUGGAAGACAUCGUUGCUAACUUGCAGAACCACGCCGAGACAGGACAAAUACCGAAACCUUACCGAAGAGGAUCAUGGCGUCCUAUCGGUCACAUGCGACCAUCAUCUCCACUCCUAGACUCAGUGCGAGACCAGUUCGAGGACUACGACCAACUUGCGAAGGACUUCACAAGGGUGUUCCUCAACAGUGAGCUGAACAUGGCACAGAAUGCACAACUAUUUGACGUGGUCUUCUUGGUGGGACAGUCGAAACAGAAGACCAAGUUUAUUGGUGUUAGAGCCAUACUUGGUGUGAGAAGCAGGGUAUUCCAAGAAAUGCUAUACGGCAUCCAGACGGGAUUCGGUUCCCCUCAAGUCCCGGUAGCUGAACUGUUGGCACGGCCAGCACCAACACUACUAUCUCCGACUCCUGCGAGGCAAAAAAGCAGCAACUUCUUGCAAGUUCCUGAUAUUGAAUCACCAAGGCCAAAAAGCGUACCUAGUUCUCCAAUGGUGAAACGCGCCUUCUCCAGAUUGGGUACCAUAACAGCGGGUUGGGGACGAUCUAUUCGCAAGCAGCACUCGCAACUUAACGCAGAAGAUAAAAAGAAAUGGGCUAGUUCCCAAGAUUGUUCCAAUAAAGAAGGAAAAGAUAAAGAAAAAGACAAAAAUGCAGCUCUUGCCGUACCGAGACUAUCCGUGUGCGCUGACGCACAAAAAGUCGAUCGAGCUAAACUGGCGCAAACAGAGUUUUCAAUAAUCGAGUUCGAUCCUGAAACUUUCCGCAUCCUCCUGGACUACUUGCACACCGGCAGCUGCCCACUGACCUGCGCCUCAAUACCAGGCCUCAUUUGUGCCGCAGAGCAUUACGACCUGCCUGAAUUACUACAGGCGUGUUUCCACCAUGCUAAACAAUUCCUUAGAAUAGAAGUGGUGUGCACGAUGCUCAUAUCAUUAGAAAAUUACUACUGGCGAUAUACGUCAGCCUCGGAGUUGGUAAACAUGAUCCUGGCCUUCAUCGAGCAGCGAGCGUACGCCCUGUUCCAGACUCCGGAGUUCCUCAACCUGUCCGAGUCCAUGGUGCAGAUGAUCAUGUGCCGGAACCUCGAAGUACCAGAGGUGAGGAAGUUCGAGGCAAUGCUUAGCUGGGCCCGGAAUAAGAUCAAAGCCAAGUCCGCAAAUAAGACUGAUGCCAAAAAUGAAUUUAAAUGCACAAUGGAAAGAUUAGCUAGAGACCUGAAGCUGUAUAGGAUCUCACCGCAAGAAUUGAUAAAGGUAGUGCUUCCGUCGAAGGCUAUUAAGAACGAGCGGAUCCUGGAGACGCUGAUGUACCAGGCGAACUCCGGAAUGUAUAGGAUUCAGGAUAGCUACAUCGAGGCCUGCCAGCAGCGCCUGCAGAAACAGGAUUCGAGGUUCUCGGAGUUUGAAAGUUUCGAUUACGGUAUAUAAACAUGGAGCUGUGAGAUAUAUCAGUGUAUUAGAUAGAUUAUGAAGAGUGACUGCGCUGGGUCCUUCUAUAAUGUGGUAUGUUGACGCCUUCUAAAAGUAUUAUUGUUAUAGAUGUACUCGAAUACUGUAGAGGUACGAGAAAUAUUUGUACACUUCUCGGAUACCUACUCCAUGUUAUUGUUCAUUGAUACCUAUAUUUUUUACAUCUAGCUAGAUGUGUUCAAUAUCAUAAUCAUCUCUAUUUUUGGUACCAAGAAUUACGAUUAAAGAUGUAAAAUGUUCAUCAACUGGAAGUUUAAAAUUUUUACAUGAAAAUAUAUUAUUUACAUCCAUGUUAUAGCACGUUUUAAAGAUUUUCCCUCUGUGAUCUCCGAUGGAAGAGCACAACAUGAUCUAAUUAUACCAUGUGUAGUUAAUUAAAUGUAAAUGGAUAAAAAAUAAUAUUUUCGAGUGUCACUUGUUAUAACCACAUCAAUGAGAUAGUUCGACAUUCUACUAACGACUGAAUCCAGGACCUGAACAUGUUCAACAUUGUACAGUACCUACUAUACAAAACUUGAUAAAAUAUAUUAUACUAAUGUUCACAAAAUAAUAAAUUUGUGCAAAUUGUACAAACAUUAUCACUUAAUAAAGUUAUCCGUAGAAUAAAGUUCAAUAUAAUGAAUACGUUGGUGUGAAACUCGUUCUUGAGACCUCUUCAAAAGUUAUCAUAGAUAAUGCCUUCUGAUAUAUGUAUAGAAUGUUAUACCUACCUAUAUGUAUACUGCUGUUGUAUUUACGAUUAAAGCAAAUAAAAAAUAAGAGA